AAAAAUAGGGUCGGUGGACAAACUGUUAACAUGUCCAAAUCUGAACAAACAAGACCAACAAACACUGAAAUCACAACUACACGCACUCUCUUGUUCCAAGUUAAUCAUCUGCUGCACAAUUUCACUGCUCACUUGCUCUUGCUGUCCGACCACAAUGGCAUCCUUCAACAACACCACUUUCCUGCUCUUUCUGUUUCUAGCCAUUGUCUUAAUUAACCACCAAGUUAGAUCUGAUGAUGAGGAAGACAGUCUUCUUCAAGGCAUCAACAAGUAUCGAACAUCAUUGAACUUAACAGCCUUCACAAAGAAUGACAAUGCAGAAUGUCUUGCUGAGCAAAUGGCUGACCAAUUCAAGGACCAACCCUGUACAAACAGCACAGGGUCCAACACUGUACCAGGCACUGAGAACCAGUUUCCCAACUACCCAGACUUUCUGGCUCAUUGCCAUUUAAACAUCAGCAACACCGCAGAUGGCAUGAUAAUGCCUGCCUGCGUACCAAACUUGGAUCCAACCCUCGUGCUUUGGAAUUUUACAAAGUCCCAGUAUUCAGGUAACCUAAACGAUACCAAGUAUGUAGGAGCUGGUAUUGCUUCCGAGGGUAAUUGGAUUGUUGUGGUUCUUACCACUAAUUCUUCAGAAGGCAGCUUUGAAACCUACAAGGCUGCCGGUUUCAUUUCUAGACCCAGUCACCUUUUCUACAUGAUUGUGUUUUUGAUGGGUUGCUUCUUUUUGUUGUAAGCUACUUCGGACGGUUAUACCAUUUUAUCAUUCAUUUUGCUUUUUUUUAAUCCUGUCUUGAGACAGUUCUGUCAUUUGAAAAUGUGAAUUUGAAUACAUCAUGUACCUCAUUUGUUGAAAAAUUCAAAAUUAACCUUAUAUACUUGAAGACCUUUCAGCAAUGAAGAACAGGUUACACA